AAGCAAUUUAAGCUCAAGGGUUCUGGGGAGUAUAUUUGCGUCCAAAUGGCAACUGGUUGACUCGAGGUCCAUGAGCAAAGUCAGUAGAAGCCCACAGUUUGCAAAUGGCCUUUGAUGGACAGGAUCCGCAUGAAGAAAGCAUCAAAGUUUGCUGCAGGUUCCGGCCGCAGAACCAGCUGGAGAAGGAUCAAUCUGGGAAGAUCUGCAUAACCCUAGGUGAUGACAUCACCUCAGUGUACGUUCCGAACAUUGACAGCAGCUUUGUCUUUGACCGUGUCUUUGGCUCUGAAGCUUCGCAGAAAGAGGUUUAUGACUAUGCGGCGAAACCUAUCAUUAAUGGCGUGUUGAGAGGCUUUAACGGCACGGUUUUCGCCUAUGGCCAGACCGCAUCAGGCAAGACACACACUAUGGAGGGCCCUGACAUCGAAGAUGAGGUCCAAAUGGGUGUGAUUCCGAGGAUGGUUUGGUCGAUUUUUGAUGGAAUUGACCAUGCAGCUGACUACAUCGAGUUUGUGGUGAAAGUUGCCAUUGUGGAAAUCUACAAUGAACGCAUCCGUGACUUGCUUGAUCCGAAGAAGGACAACUUGAAGAUUCAUGAGGACAAGGCCAGAGGUGUUUUCAUCGGAGGGGUGACUGAGACCUAUGUCGGGUCGGAGCAGGAGAUCUUCGACAUCAUGAAAACGGGCAAGUACAAUCGUGCAGUGGCUGAGACCAAUUUGAACGAACAUUCAUCCAGGUCUCAUUUGAUCUUCAUGCUCACCAUCGAGCAGAAGAACCUGCACGAUCGCUCCCUCAAGGUCGGAAAGCUUCAUUUGGUGGAUUUGGCUGGCAGUGAGAAGGUUGGAAAGACUGGGGCGACUGGUGAUCGGUUGGAUGAGGCAAAAAACAUCAACCGGUCGCUGUCUGCACUAGGCAACGUCAUUAACGCUUUGACUGACCGCAAGUCCACUCAUGUACCAUAUCGGGACUCAAAGCUUUCAAGAGUCCUCCAAGAAUCCUUGGGCGGAAAUGCAAAGACCUCUUUGAUCAUAACGUGCUCUCCUUCUUACUAUAAUGAGCAGGAGACAAUUAGCACCCUUCGUUUUGGCCAGAGAGCCAAGAUGAUCAAGAACGUGGUCAAAGUCAACCAUGAGCGAUCCGUAGAGGAACUGAAGAUGCUGCUACAACGGCGGGACCAGGCUCUAGGCGAUUUGCGUGGUCGUGUCUCGCUGUUGGAGCAGCUGCUUCGGUCCAAUGGGAUUCCGGUCCCGGAGGACGAGGGUCCUUCCCUCGCGUUGCCGGGAGCUGCUCCGCCCGCACCAGUCGACGAAGCAGAGAAGACGGAAUACGAGGAUCAGCUACAGGAUGUGAUAGACAAGUUGAAAGAGAAGUCUGAUCAGCUUGCCGAGGCCAACAAGGAGAAAGAUGAGCUAGCCAAGCAGCUGCACAAAGCCGAAGGCAGAGCCGAAGUAUUAGAGGAGGAAGCCGUCAAUGCCAAGCAGGAGUUUGAGAGGAUGGAGUAUGACAAGACAGAGCAGGUGUCUGAGCUCGAAAAGCUUAGACAUGAGAAGACAGCCUUGCAGCAAGAAUUGGAGGAUUUGAGCAAGACUUAUCAAAAUAUGAUUCAAGCCUCAGCUGCUAGUACCCCGACGAACAGGGAAAAGGGGCCUGUGGUGUGCUCUCGCUGCCGUGCAUCUUGUGCAGAGGAUCGAGAUCCCGACAGACCACUAAAGAAGAAGGUGUCGCAGUUGGACAAGAAUCUGGAACAACUAACUGUGAUGUACCACAAGCUGGUGGCGCAGAAUAGUGGGCUGAAGGUGGAAGUCACCGAAAGUGACAAGAAAAUUCAGCGGAAAGACCAGCGCAUCCAGCAGUUGGAAAGAAACUUGCGGGAGGCCAAGCAAAAGUACGAAAAGCUGCUCACACAAUGUGCCAAUCUCACUGCCAUGAUCGACGUGAGAGGCAGAAAGAAUUGUGUGUGUGGUGCCAGUGGUGGCAAUGCACAGGCUCGAAGAGCGCCGACCAUUGUGCGACCGCUGCGUGGUGGGCUUGUUUCAGCUCGCAGCGAGACAGGUCUUGGGGAUCCGUCUGGAACUCCGAAAGCGACCUCUGGAAGCCCCUCAGAGCCGGCUUCAAGCCCCACUUCAUCUCCCUUAUCUCUAAGAGGGGGGACCAAGACGUCUCGAGACAAUACUCGAGCAAAGACUGCACCGUACGAUCCUCCAUUGCGAUGAGGGGUUCUGUCUCUUGAAGGCCUCAAUUGUGAGAACAACAAUCGCAACAACUUGGUAGCAUUCAUGCUGAGUUGGAGAUCAACGCAGAUCAGUAUUGUACAUUGUUAAGCCUGUUAAGCAUCUUGAAAGUAGAUGUCUCACCUGACAAGAGUGUCUCACCAAUGGUUGAGACAAUGAAAUUACCCGGAUGCUACAGGGAUUGUACGCGUCUUGUCUCUGACAGAGAA